ACCAAUGCAUGAAAAAUCGUCAAAGCAACUUAUCCCAGAAGCCAACAAUAGCUCUCUGGAAUCUUUACAUUUACCGUUUAUCCAAAAAGAACAACCUAGCUAUGAGACUCUUAGCACUGUACUUCAACAAUUUGAACACUAUUUUCUUGAUAAACAAACCAAACCUAUUUGGGAAACUAGUAAUUCCCAAGAAUAUAUUGAAGAAACUUCGUUCGCUAAUAGGAGAGCAAUCGAUUGGUUGACCAGAAUUAUUGCUUCACCUCUAGAGUGGAUACAUGUUGAGUCACAAAGAGAAGAAGUAGUAGAACGAGCAGCGAAAUGCAUUGCAGCUGCUUGCGGUAAAGUUGCAUCAGGUCCGAUUAUAAGAGAUUGGAGUUUUCCGGCACCACCAGGAAGCAACAAACCCAUUUCAUUAAAGAUUCGCGAUUCAACUUUACUCGAUGACGAUGUUGGCUUCAAGACAUGGGGUGCAGCCUAUUUAUUAGCAAGACGAUGUACUUCUGGUCAAGCAAUGCCCUUGGACAAAAUUCAAUCGACAUUCAUUCUCGAAAUCGGUACAGGAACUGGAUUGGUUGGGCUGACAUGUGCGAUGAUCGGAUGUCUAAAUGUAUUACUCACUGAUUACCAUCUAAAUGUUCUAUCCAAUGUCGCAUAUAAUAUUAAUUUGAAUCAAUUACAAAAUGUUGUUAAAGUGGAAAAACUUGAUUGGAAAGAUAUAGCAAAUGGGGUUGAACCGGAAUUCCAACAAAAAUUUGACAUUAUU